UGCCAGACUGAAAAUAUUGUUUUAGCAGAGGAGUACUGCCAGACUGAACUUGACAGACAGCAGAUCUACAUGCAAGAUAUCACUGAUGAGCUGAGCAGUACAAAAGGGCAACUGCUAUCAGUUCAGCUAACUGAGGAUAGCUUCAGAGAUAACGAUGAUAAAACUAAGUUUUACACUGGAAUCCCCAAAUUUAGUCUUUUACUGCAUGUCCUUAAUCUUAUUGCUCUCCACAUUAAAAGAAACACCCAAAAUGCACUUAGUCAGUUUCAGGAAUUCUUGUUAGUUUUAAGCAGAUUAAAACUUAAUUCCCCAUUGCAGGAUUUAGCUUAUCGAUUUAAUUUAUCUGUGCCAACUGCACACAGAAUAUUUGACAGGUGGAUACAUGUAAUGUCUGUUAGACUUAAAUUUUUAAUUCAGUGGCCAGAGCAUGAGGAAAUGCAAGCCACCAUGCCUGUGGUUUUCCAAUGCAACUUUGGCAAAAAAGUUGCAGUCAUUAUUGACUGCUUUGAGAUAUUUACAGAAAGACCAUCUAGCCUAAUUGCUAGGGCAAUGACAUGGUCUAACUAUAAAAAUCACAAUACUGUUAAGUUUCUCAUAGGUGUAACACCACAAGGUGUUAUCUCAUUUAUAUCAAAGGCAUGGGGUGGGAGAGUCAGUGACAAAUAUCUUACUGAAAAUUCUGGUUUUUUGAGGAAACUUUUACCUGGGGACAUAGUGCUUGCUGAUAGGGGCUUUGAUAUAGCUGACAGUGUGGGUUUUUAUCAAGCUCGCCUUCAUAUACCGGCAUUUACCAGAGGCAAAAAAAAGCUGUCUGCAGAGGACGUAGAGGAGACAAGGAAAAUUGCUAAUGUAAGAAUCCAUGUAGAAAGAGUAAUUGGUCUUGUGCGCAGAAAGUACACUAUAUUACAAGGAACACUCCCUAUUCAGCUACUGACAGCUCGACGAGGAGAUGAUUUGGCUCCAACAGACAAAAUU